AUGUUUGAUAGAAUUGCCGCUGUCAAUGAGAAUAUUUUCGCUAAGAGGGCAAUAGUAUUUAUGCACAUGGGCACAACAUCAACCAGUGUAGUUAUCGUAUUUGAACAGGAGGCCUACCAAAGGCUCAUCAAUGAGGGAACCGUAACGCUAGAACACCUAAAACCUCUACAGAAUGUUAAGGAGUAUGCUUCUAAGCUUUCUGAAUUAUUCUCGAAAAAAGCGGCCGCUCUUGAGGAAGUUGUCCAGGAUAUGGAAGAGGAGGCCGCCAAGUACCCUUUGAAUCCCCUUCUCAAAAAUAUCUCCUUCACCUCACUCACGGAUUUUGAUCCGAACUUGGAGAGGCAUCAUUACUUCGAUAUACCCGUGAACCAAAGCCAGUCGGGUGUCUACCUACCCGCUGAGGUUUACAUCAAUGACUCUACAAUCGCCCAUCAAGUUGACUGGACAUCUAAUACUGAUCACAUCUUCAAGAAGCAAAAUGAUACUCUCAAUUUCAUUUACUUCGCCAGUGUCUACGGCUUCCUGCGAAUAUACCCAAGAUUUCAAUGGCCGGUGGAUGAUAAAAUACGCGCUUUGGAUGCUCGUCGCAGAAGUUGGUAUACACAGUACACUUCGGUUCCAAAGGACGUACUAUUUUUAGUAGAUACGAGUGGAAGCAUGCACGGCCAAGCCCUGCACCUGGUGAAUACCUCACUCAGAUUACUGAUUCAGAAUCUGAACAGAAACGACUUCUUCGCUGUGGCAAAGUUUCCCGCGGACAGGAACCAUCCUGCACCCACACUGCUCUACGGCUGUUCUCAGAACGAGUCCUGUUACAACCUCCUGGUCCAGGCUACAGGUCAAAAUAAGCAGCACGCGAUCCAGAACGUUUUUCGCCUCGUGGCUGAAAAUGGCGCAAACUACGACGAGGCGAUAUUCUUCGGGUUGAAAUUAAUGAGCACUCGUCGCAUGUCUUCGUACUUUGUGGACGUAGAUCUGAUAGAUAUCGAGGCCGCAAUGAGUCCUGAUAUGUUGCAGCUUCGGAAUGACAUCAUCGACAACAAAGAGGGCGUUUCUGUAGUGGAUGACUUUGCACUAUUUCUUGAUGAGCCUCAUAGCAAAUUUAUCCUCUAA